GCAAAGUGGACAGUAAUGGAGUAUAUGAGCACGGGUAGUGAUAGCAAAGAGGAGAUUGACUUGUUGCUAACUAAUUUAAAUAUGUCUGAGGUGAUAGACAUCAUGGAAAACCUUUAUCCAGGUGGAGACCUUGCAGUCUAUGAAGACAGCUUAAUUACAAUGUGUGAAGAGGCAAAUCAAAAUGAAGAACGUGCGGAAUCUUUACUGUUUUGUGAAAGGGAGGUUUCUUUGAUGUCGUCUGUCAAAUACGGGACUGUGGAAGACCUGCUUGCUUUUGCAAAUCAGGUGUCUAACGCUGCAAAACAAUUUAAAGGAUGCAGACAGCAAGAAUCUGGAAUCCUCUUGAAUAUGAUCACACCCAAGAAUGGGCGCUAUCAAAUUGACUCGGAUGUGCUCCUGUUUCCGUGGAAGCUGACUUACAGGAACAUUGGCUCUGAUUUUAUUCCUCGGGGAGCUUUUGGGAAGGUGUACUUAGCCCAAGAUAGAGAAACCAAGAAACGAAUGGCGUGCAAACUGGUCCCAGUGGAACAGUUCAAACCAUCAGAUGUUGAAAUACAGGCGUGUUUCCGUCACGAAAACAUUGCUGAAUUAUACGGUGCUAUUUUGUGGGAUGAGACGAUCCAUCUCUUUAUGGAAGCCGGAGAGGGAGGAUCUGUCAUGGAAAAGCUGGAGAGUUGUGGUCCUAUGAGAGAAUUUGAAAUCAUUUGGGUGACAAAGCAUAUUCUGAAAGGACUUGACUUUCUCCACUCCAAGAGGAUUAUCCACCACGAUAUCAAACCAAGCAACAUUGUCUUUAUGUCAACCAAGGCUGUUUUGGUGGAUUUUGGCCUAAGUGUUCAAAUGACUGAAGACAUUUACUAUCCCAAAGACCUUAGAGGAACAGAGAUUUACAUGAGCCCUGAAGUUAUCCUCUGCAGAGGCCACACAACAAAAGCGGAUAUCUACAGCAUGGGAGCUACUAUUAUUCAUAUGCAAACUGGCAUCCCACCCUGGGUGAACAGAUAUCCUCGUUCUGCAUAUCCAUCCUACCUCUAUAUUAUACACAAGCAAGCUCCCCCUUUAGAGGACAUUGCUGAAGACUGCAGUACUUCCAUGAGGGAGUUGCUAGAAGCAGCUCUAGAAAGGAAUCCUAAUCACAGGCUGUCUGCAGCAGACUUACUGAAACACGAAGCCUUACACCCACCCCCAGAAGAGCAACCGCGGUGCCAGAGUCUGGACUCGGCGUUGUUUGAAAGGAAAAGACUACUCGCAAGAAAGGAGCUGCAGUUGCCAGAAAACAUUACAGAUUCCUCAUUAUGUACUGGGAGCAUGGAAGAGUCGGACCUGCUAAAGAGGCAAAGAUCACUCUACAUAGAUCUUGGCGCUCUAGCUGGAUACUUCAAUAUUGUUAGGGGACCACCAGCCUUAGAAUACGACUGA